AUAAAUCUAUUUAGCAAAAGUGAGUUCAAAGUGCAAAGUGCAGUGAAAGUAAGUGAUAAGUCAGCCGCCAACACGUCAGACUUAAAUAUGGACGAGGAGUGCGAGGACGCGGGUCUGUGGGCGGUGGGCGCGCGCUACCGGCCCGAGCCGCCCGCCACACUCGCCUCCACCACGCGCUUUAGCCAGCACGAGAUCAAGCUGAUGUACCGCGGCUUCAAGCAGGAAUGUCCCACAGGCGUCGUGGACGAGGAGGCAUUUAAGAAUAUAUUCUGCCAAUUCUUUCCUCUUGGCGACGCCACGCAAUACGCUCAUUAUGUGUUUAACACGAUAAAACACAAGCAGCGCGGGAAACUUAAUUUCGAAGAGUUUCUCGACAUCCUGUCACGCGUGGCGCGCGGCUCGCGCCAAGAGAAGCUGUCUUGGGUUUUCGCUCUGUAUGACGUCGAUGGAGACGGCCGCAUCUCCCGCAGCGAGAUGGUGGCGGUGGUGCGCGCCGUGUACGAGCUGCUGGGCCGCGCCGCCGUGCCGCCCGUGCAGCGCGCCGCCGCCGAGACACACGUCGACCGGAUCUUCCAUUUAAUGGACACCAACGCUGACGGCGUGGUGACUCUAGACGAGCUGGCUCGCUGGUGCGCGCGCGACCCCGCCCUCCUCCGCUCGCUAGACACGCUCGACACCGUGUUGUGAUCCUCGACUGAACCCUCUUCCCCCUCCCACAACCCCCACCCUAACCCCGCCAACCCCACGCACCCCUACAGACGGAAUUCCAAAGAUGACUUCGAACAAGGAAGCGAAUUCAACCCCCACUUGCCUGAAGCCAGCUCCUAUUUUGAUUCCAGAAAAAACGAACUCCAUUUCGACCAAUCGAAAACAGCAAAGCUGAAUUCGAAGUUUAAAAAAGAUUCGAAACAUGCGCAAUCGAGUUCAAAUUUUGAAUCCAAAACCUCAGACGAGUCUGCUAAAGAUAACAAAAUCAGCUUCCAAAUUCAAAAAGAGCCGCAGAAGGCAAAAGAACGUAAGACUAUGCGGUCGUCUUCAGAGGUUUCGAUGAAGUCUCAAAUAUCCGAGGCGUCUUCGAAAUCAGUGGAAGCAAAGAAGGAAUCAUUUUCGAGGGCAUCUAGUCACUCCUCUGCUACUCCCCCGCCACUUCCACCACGAACGCGAAGGAGUAGUUCGGUUCAGUCCAGCGGUUCGACGAGCGCCACCCCCGCGCCCCCCGCACCCCC